CAAAGCUCCCACAACGGACAAAAACACGUGAGAGAGAGAGUUUGAGGGAGUUUUCUUCGAAAUGAAGGCAGUACAUUGGCUUCUAACGGUGGCUGUGGCCUGGUGGUUUCGACAAGGCGGAGCUGUCGAGGUGCUCAGAAAGUGCGAACGCCAGUGUGGGAUCGUGGCCGUACCUUUCCCGUUCGGGCUCAAAAUCAAUUGUGCAAGGUCCAAAGCUUUUUUGCUCAACUGCACCAACAUCGAAGGGAACGGUCUUCAACUACUGUCGGGAAAUCUUACGAUACGCAAAAUCUCGGUUGUGGACUCGACCAUGAUCGCCAGCCUCCCCGAAGCAUUUGCGUGCUACGAUCAGAAUGGCAUGCUGCUAGCAAACGAAAGCAGUCCUCUGGCCAUCAUCAAGCUAUCCCCAAACCCUCGGUACAGAUUCUCGGAAACCCAUAACAAGCUCACCGUUCUCGGCUGUGACAGCGUCGCGAUUGUGGCCAACAGUGAAGGGACGUUCGGGAGCGGGUGCAUCUCCUACUGCACCGACAAUGUUGGCUUCGCCCCCGGGACCACUUGCUCCGGUCAAGGUUGCUGUCAAGCAUCCAUUCCAAAGGGCCUCGAGACGCUCAUCAUUAAUAUCUCCUUCAUCGAACGAAAAGUGUCGGCCAGGCAGCAUGGCUACUGUGCACGGGCGUUCGUGGUGGACGACAGGUUAUUCGAUAUCUCAAACUGGACUCUCCCGAAGUUCCAAGAUGUGGGCAGCACCCCCGGCCUUGUUGUGGACUGGAUGGUCGAAUCGGACGAGAAUUGCCGAAAGGCUCGACUGAAUGGGUCGAGCUAUGCUUGUGGUCCCCACACGGAAUGUAAGGACUUCGGCAAUGGACUGGGUUACCGUUGUGUUUGCGAGAAUGGGUACGAGGGGAAUCCCUAUCUUCGCAACCUAGGGUGUGCAGAAAUCAAUGAGUGCAAGGACCCAAAAAGAUACCCACGUGAUGGAAAGUGCAAGAAGGGCAUAGCUACUCCAGUGAUAGCUGCGUCCAUAUUUGGUAUAACUAUUAUUGCUUCAAUCUCGAUCCAAUGGAGACUCAAAAAGAUUAAUUUUAGACGAAAUGGAGGAGAGCUCUUAAAACAGCACAAAGUUCGAAUCUUCACGGAAUGGGAGCUAGCAAAAGCAACCAACAACUAUGAUGACCGCAAAAAGCUCGGGAACAACCAUUUUGGUUCUGUCCAUAAAGGGACACUAUUGAACCGCAAAGGGACACUAGUGAAGCACGUGGAAACCGUGGUCGUGGUCAAGAAGCCUAAAGAUGUGGACAAGUCUCUAUUAAACAAGGAUUUCCAGCGUGAGCUUGAAAUUCUAAUGAACGUAAGCUGCAAAAAUGUGGUGAAGCUCAAAGGCAUAUGCUUGGAGACUAGAAUACCAUUGUUGGUUUAUGAAUACAUUCCGAAUGGCACCCUCUUUCGACUCAUCCAUCAGAGCGAGUUGACCAUCUCAUGGGAACAACGCUUCAAAAUAGCUGCCGAAGCUGCUCUUGCACUCAAUUAUAUGCACUCCAGCAUACAACCCCCAAUCUUUCACGGCAACAUCAAGUCAGCAAACAUACUUUUGGAUCAAAACAACUUGGUGAAAAUAUCCGAUUUUGGAACUUCAGUACUCAUAUCACCAGAGCAUAGGCAUAUAGUAGCCACUCAGAAAAAAGACUCGUUGGUGUACAUCGAUCCAGAAUAUUUAGUCACCGGUAUGCUAACAACUCAAAGUGAUGUAUACAGUUUUGGAGUUGUCCUUGUAGAGUUGCUCACGGGAAAGAAACUUUAUGUUACUGAGCCCGGAAAGUCAAUCAAUACUAUCCAUCGUUUCAUCUCUUCUAUGAAGGGCGACACACUCUAUGAUGUCAUAAACUUUGAGGGUGCUAGUGAAGAUGAAAUGGAGAGAGUACGAACCGUAGCUGAGAUUGCAGUGAAGUGCUUGGACCAAAGUGGUACGAAUAGGCCGGCAAUGAGCGAUGUGGCUCAACAACUCGCCAAUAUCAACCCGAGCUCAACAUUUGAAGAAGAGAAUGAAGAGAGCGAACGGGAAGUGAAUGCAGACAAACUCUCAACCCUUGGCGACGCGAGCCAAGAGGUGACGUCAAGCUGUCUUUCCUGUCUGGGAAUGGAUUCAGCUUGUUCCUGCAUUUGAUCCUUUAUCACCAUAGCGACAUGUCUUUCAAUUUGCCCAUAAGGACUUCUGGGGUUGAUCGUGUGCUUUUAAUGUAUGUUAUGUAUGCCAUUUGGUUUUGGACUUUAUAUUUGUGGAAGCAAAAUUUUUUUUUUCGGUCAAAUGCAUCUUUGCAAAUUCAAGCGUGAGGAUCUAAUAUAAUAUAUGUAGAGCCAAGUAUGGAAGUGUACUUAUUGGAGGCUGACAUAUGGCCUUCAACAUUAUCAUAAUCUCUCUUCCCGUUUA